AUGUCACUCAUUUCCUCACCACCACCAUUACCCUUGCUGCUCUUUCUCAUGUCUUUUUGGACGCUGGCCACGCCUUUCACGGUAAUUAUGUCUGAUUCAGGCGAGCCCAACGCCCUUGUAGAGGGGCCGCAGACCGGGUUCUCCAUCAACAAAGACGGGGCUCGAACCGAUGCCCGUGAGCAAGAAGCGGUCUACGACAUCAUGCGUGCCACGGGCAACGAUUGGGCCACUGACAUCUCAGACGUGUGUCGUGGCCGUUGGCACGGGAUUGAGUGCAUGCCCGACAAGAACGAUGUUUUCCACGUCGUCUCCCUCUCCUUUGGAGCCUUGUCAGACGACACCGCCUUCCCGACUUGCGACCCAACCCGGUCACAUAUUUCGCCGUCCAUCACUAGGCUCCAUUACCUCCGGACCCUCUUUUUCUACCGUUGUUUCAGUUACAACCCCCAGCCAAUCCCGUCAUUUCUCGGCCAAUUGGGUCCCACUCUGCAAACACUAGUGCUUAGAGACAACGGGCACGUGGGUCCUAUACCUAUUGAGCUGGGCAAUCUCACCCGUUUAAAGGUUCUCGACCUCCACAAAAAUAAUCUCAACGGUUCAAUUCCGGUCUCACUAAACCGUGUCACCGGUCUAAGGUCGUUAGACUUGAGCUGUAAUUCUCUAACCGGUUCAAUACCCAAUUUCAGCUUCCCCAUCUUAAGCAUCCUUGACAUGAGCCAAAAUCUUCUAGCCGGUUCAAUCCCCUCCCAAAUCGGAGCCUGCCUUUCUCUUCUCAAGAUGGAUUUGAGCCACAACUGGCUCACCGGAUCGAUACCCAACUCCAUCGGCGGCCUAAAAGACCUCAUGCUCAUGGAUUUGAGCUACAAUCGCCUCAAGGGUCCUCUCCCAAUGUGGUUUGGAACCUUGGUGUCUCUUCAAACUCUGAACCUCAAAGGCAACCCUAUGGGCCCGACACAAAUUCCAAGUGAAGGAUUUGAAGGUAUGAAGGGUUUAAUGAUUCUGAUCUUAUCAAACAUGAAUCUACAUGGUCCUAUACCUUCAUCGAUAGGUCACUUGCCAAGCCUUCGUGUGCUUCAUCUUGAUGGCAACCACUUGAAUGGUUCAAUCCCAAAUAGCUUUCGAGAGCUUAAGAGCGUUGGUGAGUUGAGAUUAAACGACAAUGGACUAGUUGGGUCAAUUCCAUUUGGGAGAGAAAUGGUUUGGAGGAUGAGAAGGAAGCUUAGGCUUUACAAUAAUUCAGGGCUUUGUUAUAAUGCUAAUAGCGGUUUUGAAGACAACCUGGAUUCAUCUUCCAGUUUUGGGAUUGGUCCAUGCGACCCACCGAGACCGAGGCCAUGAAGAAUCAAAGCCAUUAUCGAUCUGGUACAGUUUACAAGUUUUCAGUCUGUGUUGAGCUAUUGCGACAUAUAAUAGAGCAUAUACAUAUUUGUUUCUUUUUUGGCCUGAAAUGGGUAUGUAUCGCACAGUGUAAUAUAUACUUGAUCUCAGCAAUGAAAAUAAUC